AUGGCCGAGCGGUCUAAGGCGCUGCGUUCAGGUCGCAGUCUCCCCUGGAGGCAUCCGUGGCUGGUGAUGUCAUACCUGCUGGAGCCACAGGGGGCAGCAGUGGACCGGAAGUCACCUCUACUGUCCAGAACACACACGAAGAAGAGGCGUCCGUCCGCUCGGUGUCCCCCGGUGGGUCCGCACAGGCCCGUGUCCGUCCACGUUCGUCCGUGUGAGUUCAACGUUAAACGAAGCGGCUGCUUUUGCACCUUUUUCGCUCUUCACGCGCAGCUCCGGCUGAAGCUGACGCUCACCUGCGGCUCUGGGUCUUCGGUGGACAAACAAAGAGCGCAUGCGCGAUGUCCAGGGAGCGACGCGGUGGACGUGUGUGAUGCAGACGUCCAGCAGGGGUCAGGGGUUCAAGAGGAGGUUCCCCAUGAGCAUCAGGACCAGAGCCCCAGUCUGGACCAGGAGGAUCCACAACCGGCCCACGAUACAGAGGAACAGGAAGAACUGGAGGAACUGGGAACCGGUCCAGAGGGAGAACCGCCUCAAGGCCUCAUGCAUCUGAUAUCAGUGUCAGAGAGUUCUGCAGACGUCCAGCAGCUGUUGGUGGUUAAAGAGGAGGUUCCCCAUGAGCAUCAGGACCAGAGCCCCAGUCUGGAGCAGGAGGAUCCAGAUCCAGCCUAUGUUAAAGAGGAACAGGAGGAGCUGUGGACCGGUCAGUGGAUGGAGGAGGCCCAUAUCACCAAGUUCCCGUCCACUCCUGUCCCUGUGAAGAGUGAAGACCAUGAAGAGGAAGCUCAGUCCUCACACCUUCAGAGACUAGAUGGAGAGGACUGUGGAGGACCAGAACCUGCCAACAGAGUCCAUGCACAUGGACAUUUACAAAGACAGACUGAAGACUCUGAGGACACUGAGGACAGCGAAGACUGGACAGAGAGACCUGAACCUGGGUCACAUGUGGACAAGAAGACAGAGGCUCCAUCCAGCAGAUCAACUGAACAGAUGGAAACAGAAGAUGAUGGAGAAGACUGUGGAGGACCAGAACCACACAUGAACCCAGUCCACAGAAAGGACUCAAACAGAAGAGCUGGACCUUCUAAGUCCAAGAGUAGAAGAAACUUUGACAACAAUAGUUCUGUGGACGUUACAAGAGCCAGAGCGUUGGGUUCUUCUGUAGGAGGUACCGCAUCAUCUCAGAAAAACAUGAACAGUAACAUGGAAAAUAAUGAGAGUUUAAGGGAGUUAGGAGGUAAAAGGAAGCGACACCUCUGCUGCGACUGCGGUAAAACCUUCAGCCAGAGUUCACAUCUGAAGAGACACAUGAGGAUUCACACCGGAGAGAAACCCUUCUGUUGUUCAGUUUGUAAGAAAUGUUUCAAACACAAACACGACGUCAGGAUACACAUGGCAACGCACACAGGAGAGAAACAGUUCGGAUGUUCAGUUUGUGGUAAAAGAUUUAUUCAGAAGGCAAACUUAGAAAUUCACAUGAGACUCCACACGGGAGAGAAACCGUUCUGUUGUUUAGAAUGUGGCACGAGGUUCACAGUCAAGUCACACUUAGACAUUCACGUCAGGGUUCACACGGGAGAGAAACCUUUCAGCUGCUCCGUCUGUAACCGCCGGUUCAGUCAGAGGAGCGCCGUUCAGAGACAUAUGAAGGUCCAUAAACCACAGAAGGACGGUUAAUGACGGCGACUGUUUCAUGAAGCAGGACCACAAAGGUCAGAGGGAACUGUGGGUUUCAGUAUCACAAAGGUGUUCACAGGGAGAAAUGACCACAAUGACCCAGACCUGCUCCGGACCCUGGUCUGCUGGAUCAGAACAUGUCAGAGCGCCACCUACUGACCAGUCCAUGAACAGGGCUGUCAAACUCAUUUUAGUUCAGGAGCCACAUUCAACACAAUCGGAUCUCAAGUGGGCGGGACCAGUGAAAUAAUAACCUAUAAAUAAAU